ACUCCGACAGUGUGGAAAAUUUAAUUUUCUCCAUCUUAUUAGACUUGAUAUCAAAUAGAGGGCAACACUACUAGAGAGCAGACCCGUAACCUAUUGGCGUAAUGUUUCAAUUCAUAUUCGCAGGUUAUGUGCAUUACAAACUCACUUUUAUUUUUGAUAACUAUAUCCGAAAAAUUACCGUAGCUACAAUAUUUUGUUAAUAGAUAUCAAUAAUAUUUUUCAAUAUGAACAAACAAUUUUUGAAACGUAAAUGCUGUGUAGUUGGAUGUACAAGUAAUUACCAGAACCGGGAUGAUAUAAAAUUCUACUGUUUCCCAGGACGCACGUGGGAAAAAGAGCGAAAAAUUACAUGGAUUGCUAAUGUGCAAGAAAAUAUCAAUCAAGAUGAUUCAUGGAUGCCAACUAAAAAUUCCCGAAUCUGCAACUUACAUUUCAUCGGCGGUGAAAAGUCUAAUGAUCCACGAAAGGAAGCAUACAACCCAACAAUUUUUCCAUCGAUAAAAUCAGACUCAGUCCAUCUUACGUCGGAUGAAAGCUCACUUCCACUACCAAAGAAAAGAAAGAUCAUUACGGAAAAUUCCCCAAAGCAAGCAAACGAAGUCGAGAUUCAAACUGACUUCAUCGAUGAUUCUUCAAGUGAUGAAUUUUCUGAAAUUUCUUGUCUGCAAGACCCAUUAGAAAAUGUGGUCUUUACUGAAAUACCAGUUGAAAGAAAACAAACUUGUGAACAGUCGACUCAGACUUCUAGUGAUCUUCUUCCACAUGACCACGAUUACAGUUUAUCAAAAAAUAAAAAUGAUGGUGGCUUUUUAACACUUGAGGACAUGAAAGACAACGGAACAAUGAAACAAUUCGGAGGUGUCACGUCAUCAUUUUUCGAAGUUCUGCUGAAUGAUAUUAAGGCAAAUAACAGUAAUGGAAGGUUUAUAAAGAAAGUCUUGAGUGAAAAUCGACUACUAUUGUUUCUUAUGAGGAUAAAACUUGGGCUGAAUUUUAAAGCGCUCGGGCGCAUCUUCAAAGUCGCUAAUAGGUCGGCAUCUAGAAUUUUCCAUAACGUUUUAGAGACAUUGCUUCCGAGAGCCAAGAAAUUUGUUGAUUGGCCCAACGAAGAAAGAAUGAAGCUGACCAUGUCUCCCGUCUUUAACCUGCGUCCAAACUGCCGAGUGGUAAUCGACUUUCUCGAGUAUCGACUGUACACAACACCGUCGAUUGAACAACGCGCCCUCAGACAUUCCAGUUACGAGGAUUAUUCCGUAGUUAAAUUUUUAGUAGGCAUCGGAACCAAUGGCGAGAUAAUAUUUUUGUCUCAUAGUUAUGACGUUCAAGCCUCAAAUUCUUACAUCAUUGAAGACUGCGGUCUCUUAAAUUUAUUAGAAGCUGGGGAUGAAGUUAUUACUAUGAAAGAGUUGCCUGGAAUACAACCUACAGAAGACCUAAAAAAAAUUAAGUUUACAUUUAUUCCCCUUGACAGCAAUUGUUCAGCGGACGGUAGUAAAAAAAUUGAUUCCUAUACAGAGCUGAUAGUGAUAUUUAUUGACAGAAUAUUGACUAAAAUAAAACAGUAUCAUAUCAUGGAUCACUUGGACACUAAAUCAUUUUCAGAUGUUGAUCAGAUAAUGCUGAUAGUUUGCUUACUUGUAAAUAAAAUUAAAUGAAAAUCAACCAAUUUCGCAUUUUGACGAAAUCUCCAGAUAAAUAAAACUCUUAAUCUAUUAGAUAAUUUUAGUUUUAAUUCUUGACGGUUUUUAUUAUCCUUUUGCCGUAAUUAACUGUAAAAUACGGUAUUUAAGGGCCCAUUUGACGCAAUUUAUGGAAAUUUACUGUAACUUGUGGUAUUUUCAUUGAUUUUUACAGUGCAAUGUUUUACUUUACGGUAAAAUACUGCGUGCUUAUCACAAUUUUGCGGAAAAUUGCCGCUCUUACUGCAAAUUUACAGAAAAAAUACCGUACUAUAGCCGUGAAAUAGCGUACGCUUACUGUAAAAUACCGUAAUUCUUCCGAAUACCGAAUAUUACGGGAAUUACAUUAGAAUGGAAUUAUCUUGUUUCGUUUAGCUGUGCAGACACUGAAACUUAUUACACGUAUAGACGAUAGACAUGGAAACGCAGAUACCCGGAUUCUAUAGAAAUUACUUAUAUAGAAACCCAGAUUCCCAUAAAUAAAUCCAUAUAUCCAAGUUUCUAUAUGGGAAUUCAGAUACCCAUAGUUUUCUAUAUGGAUACUUGUAUAAAUCCAUAGACUCUUAUAUUAAUUCUUAUGGAUUCUUACAUAGAUCCAUACAUUUCAAUACAGAUUCUAUGAGUUCCUAUUAUAAAAGUCCAUAUAUGUAGUACUCCUAUAUGGCCAAUAUAGGAAAGAAUGUACUACACAGUAUACUGACUAUAGUAUUCUCUCUAUUUUUACGAGACAUUUUGUCCGUUCUGCGCGUGGCAAUCCUCUAAAUAACAUUAGUGUAAACGAGAAUUUCUUAGUCAUCAAUGUCGUUAUCUUAUUUCAUAAAACUAUUCAAAAUGAUAAUAUAUGUCAUAUGCUUAUGAAUUUCAAUGACAAUUUUUUUAUCAAUUAAAUACAUUGAAGCACCUAUAUUUCAUUUAAAACUCUACUAUACUCUGUGCGCACAAAAGACAGUCCACAGACGAUUUCAAGUUACUAUCGUAAAAUUUUUUUAGUGUUCAUGGAUAUGGAGUGGAGGAAAAAAGUAGAAACAGUUAAAGUUGAUGCAAUCAGAUCCAGUAAAUGAACGUACUAUACCUGCUGACCGCUGAUCAAUUAUUUUAUUUGCCUUAUCAUUGUCAUGACUAAUUUAUUUAGUCGUCGGUCAACAUCUUGGUAAUUUUUUUAAAUUACAGAAUUUUUAUUUUUGAGAGUAAAAAAUUCCAUGAAAUUAAAACCAUAUAAAAAGUGGAACAUUUGUAAAAAUCAUGUGUACUUUUACACCACAAAAGGAGGAAUCAAAUUCUUUACUAAAACAGUUUAAAAAACUACUUGUUUCAUUCUUAAGUUGUUUUAUUGUACAAGUGCAUUGUAUAUUUGACAGUAUUAUUAAUUUUAUUUUUGGGAUAUACUAUCAUGGAAAAGAUAAAAAAGUUUCACCAAUUGAUGAUAAAUUGCUACUAGAAAGUGCUGUUGAUCUAGCAGAAAAAAUAAGAAAGAAAGAGAUUUCUUCUGAACUAGUUGUUUCUACUUUUAUUGAAAGAUGUAAGAAAGUUAAUGGCUUACUGAAUGUCAUUGUCGAUGAAAGAUAUCAUCAAGCAAUAGAAGAAGCGAAGAAUGUUGAUAAAAUUUUGGCGAGCGAUAUUGAUAUAGAUAAAUUGAAAUUAGAAAAACCAUUUUUGGGCGUACCUUUUACUACUAAAGAAAGCAAUGAAGUUCAAGGUUUACUUCACUCAGUGGGUAUGAUGGCCAGGAAAGGCUAUCGAUCUACAGAAGAUGCGACUGUCGUUGGUUACAUUAAAGAUGCCGGUGCCAUAAUUAUCGCCAAGACGAAUAUCCCUGAGCUUAAUUUGUGGGUUGAGUCUAGGAAUUUGGUGUAUGGACAGUCAAAUAAUCCAUACAAUACCACCCGCACUGUAGGUGGAAGUAGCGGUGGAGAUGCAGCCAUAACAGCCGCAUGCGGUGUCCCAUUUGCGCUUGGAUCAGAUAUUGGGGGUUCGAUACGAAUGCCUGCAUUCUUCAAUGGUGUAUUUGGUUUAAAACCCAGCGCAAAAUCGACACCUAUGAAAGGUAUUGGCUUGAGGUCAGUUGAUUUUACUGAUUCGAUGGCUGAAGCUGGACCGAUAUGCAAACAUGCGAAGGAUUUAUUGCCGUUACUAAAAAUAAUGACUAAAAACGCAGACUUAAAAAAAAAUUUGGAUCUCCCUGUGGAUGUUAAGCAAUUGAAAAUAUUUUAUCAGGAAUCAUUGGGAGAUCUUCGUGUAAGCAAAAUAACUGAUGAUACGCGUAAUACAUUUACUAAAGUGGUGAGACAUUUUAAAAAUCUGACUGGAUCUGUGCAAAAAAUAAAACUACCUGGUUCAGAAUAUAGCUUUAGAUUAUGGAGAUAUUGGAUGAGUCAAGAACAAGCUGAUUUUAAAUCGGAUAUUAUGAAUCGAAAGUCGAGAACGAGUGCUACUAAUGAAAUUAUUAAUCUUGUUACUAAUAAAUCAAAUAUUACUUUGGCUGCUAUUUUAAAACUUAUUGAUGAGGAUUUUUUUCCUAAAGAUAGUAAAUCAUGGGCAGAUAGUGUAACUAAUAAUAUGAAAAAAUAUUUACUGGAAAAACUCGGAGACGACGGAGUAUUAUUAUUUCCCUCAUCUCCUUUUUCAGCAAGCUAUCACUACUCAUACUUUUUCAGACCCUACAAUUUUGGGUAUUGGGCAUUAUUUAAUGUUUUAAAAUUACCGACUUGUCAAAUACCACUGGGAUUAGGCGAAGACGGUUUGCCUGUUGGAAUACAAGUCAUUGCUGCUCCGUAUCACGAUCAUUUAUGUAUUGCAGUGGCACAAGAACUCGAAAAAUCAUUUGGUGGAUGGGUACCACCAUCGUAAUUAUUUAUAAUUACUCAUGUAUGUGAAUAAUUGGCUGCUUAAUUUAAAACCUUUGUAACAAAAAUUAAUUUUCACUGGGAUUUGAAAUUAAGCAGCCGCAUUUGUGUUGAAGUUUUUGUUUUAUUGGUUGGAUAUAUUUUUUUACUGUUUUCUCAUAUUUUUAGUUUAUCACAAUUGUUAACACUAUUCAUAAAAUAUGUAAUUAAUUCAAUAACUGAUUUGUAAUUAACUUUCUUCCUAAUAGUA